GGGAUGGCUCUCCCAGUUUGUGAAACAGAUCGACCGACACCAAUCUGGAAAGAGAGGUGAUAUAAUCUGUUUACACUGACCUGAGCUCGAUGGUGACCUGUGGCUCAGAAGUACAAUCCAGAACAGAGGAAACUUCUAGACCUCAAACCGACCAUGAGGUGGAUAUUGAGAGCGGCCAUAUAGAAAUAAGGAAUGUUCCUGCUUUAUUUCACUACUGCAAAAUGAAGGGAAUCAAAAACUUCACCCAUAAACUAGCAGCACUGCGUCGAGCCUUCGAUAUUAUUUUCAGUCACCCUCCGAACUACAGUUACAUCUGUGUGGUGGGAAGAAUGACUUUACUCGUACUGGUGGCUGCAAAAAAGAGGGAUCUGCGCAUCUUCCACCGAAGGUACGACCGGCUGAUACAGAUGCUGGAGAAUCAGACUAAUCGGAUGUGGGCUGAAGUGGAGCUGGCGGAGAUCGGGAUCCAGCACGUCAACUUUAUGGACAUCGUCUUUGAGCUGGUGCUGCUGGGAAUUCUGGGAAGAGCGAGGGUGCAUCAGAUCAUUUCAUUGACGCAGUACCGGAGACGAUGGCUCUUUCUGGACUGGCUGAUUGCUCUCAUCUGUUCGUGCGUUACACCCAGAUGGAUUGAACGUCAGGAGACAGAGCGUUAUUUAUUCCAUCUUCAGACUGAGAUGCUGAGCUUCCUGGAUAAAAUCUUCACUCUGGACGAGUCUUUGUAUGCAGAACCUGAAGCCCUGGCUGCUGCACUGGAGACGCUUUUAUGGCGGAGCCUCCGACGGUUUCAUGAAAGGCUGGAAACAGAGGACGUCUAAAGGCCAACCUUGAUUGGAACCUUUAUUUAAGUGUUAGGGAUGCAGGUCUGGUGGUUGACGUGUUGUUAAUGUGUGUUAACAGUUCACAGGUGCAUCAGGACCCAAGACAUGGCCGACAUGUAAAGAUACCACUAAUGUGGAAACAUGUAUCGGGAUCUCAGAGAGACGUGCUGCCAUUAAGACGCCGUCUUUAUAGCAAGACAACGCCCGGAUGACUUUGUGGACCAGAUCCAGAUGUGUAAAAAUGUUCUGUAAAAAUGUAAUAAAAAGAAGAAACUCUGAUUGGCUCAUU